AUGACGGAAUCUGCACCAGCCCCCGCGUCCGAAAAAUGGCUUUCCGUCGAUAACGAGAAGAAGCGGGUGUGUUAUUUCUUCGAUUCUGAUAUUGGGGGCUUUCAUUAUGGCCCUGGACACCCGAUGAAACCAACUCGAAUACGCAUGUGCCACUCACUGGUCAUGAACUACGGCCUGUACAAGAAAAUGGAGAUCUUUCGCGCCAAGCCAGCAACCAAGCGUGAAAUGACCCAGUUUCACACUGACGAGUACAUCGACUUCUUGGGCCGGAUAACUCCUAGUAAUAUGAACGCAUAUAUCAAGGAGCAGCAUAAAUACAAUGUGGGCGACGACUGUCCCGUCUUCGACGGGAUGUUCGACUACUGUUCGAUAUCUGCUGGUGGUUCAAUGGAGGGAGCAGCGCGACUGAGCCGCGAUAAAUGUGACAUUGCUGUCAAUUGGGCAGGCGGCCUCCAUCACGCGAAGAAAAGCGAAGCUAGCGGUUUUUGCUACGUCAACGAUAUUGUGCUUGGCAUCUUGGAACUACUCAGGUAUCACAGCAGGGUACUUUACAUUGACAUCGAUGUUCAUCAUGGCGACGGAGUGGAAGAAGCAUUCUAUACCACUGACCGUGUGAUGACCUGCUCAUUCCACAAGUAUGGGGAAUUCUUCCCCGGAACCGGUGACAUACGGGAUAUAGGAAUCGGCAAGGGAAAACAUUAUGCGCUGAACUUCCCGUUGCGAGAUGGUAUCACUGAUGAAAGUUACAAGAGCGUAUUCGAACCGGUCAUUCGACAGGUAAUGGAGUCUUACGAUCCUGCCGCGAUCGUGUUGCAAUGCGGUACGGAUUCACUCUCAGGAGACAAACUCGGUUGCUUCAACCUCUCGAUGAGAGGGCACGCCAACUGCGUGAAAUUUGUCAAGUCAUUCAACAAACCACUGCUGCUUCUCGGCGGUGGCGGCUACACCAUGCGCAACGUAAGCCGAGCAUGGGCGUUCGAAACAGGGCUGGCAGCAGGCGUAGAGCUCGGCCCUAAUAUACCGGUCAACGAGUACUACGACUACUUCGGACCUACCUAUGAACUUGACGUGAAACCCUCUAAUAUGGAAGACCUGAAUACGCGAAGGUAUCUUGACCGUGUGAAGGGCAUGGUUUUCGAGAACUUGCGCGCAAUCGGUGGUCCACCGAGCGUCCAAAUGCAAGACAUACCGAGAGUCCCUAUAGACGACCACAUGGACGAUAUACGGGCUGAUGACGACUUGAUUUCACCGGACGAGCGCCGGCCGCAGAGAUUACUCGAUUACCGACGACAACCUGAAGGGGAACUUUCGGACUCAGAUGACGAAGGAGAAGGAGGUAGAAGGGACCGUACUUCUCAUCGCGAAGGCAAUGGAGAAGUCCACGCCCAGCCUGCAGGGCGUCCACCUACUGGGAUCAUGAGGACUGGAUCUACUGGCGGCGCCGGUCCGAGCGCUCAUGGUCAGGGCGUCGUCCUGACGACGUUACCAGCCACGUCAGAAGAGGUUGAGGAGACUAAACCUGAACCUAUGGAGGUCGAUGUGGAAGCUGCGAUCGCCCCCGCGACGUGAACUCGCUGCGCGAUAGCCACGAACCAUUUGAUUGAGGGUUGAUAGAGCCCGGUCGUGUCGAAUCAUAUCGGUCGCUUGUAUGUACCACUCAAAUGCUGAUAUCCAAAA